CCCGCAUCAUCGGUACACUCUUUAUCGCGGUUUACGUACAUUCAAUGAAUCUCGCGUGGAACCAAAGUGCGCGCUCCGUCAAAAGUCCCGGAACGUUCAUCCAGCGCAGACAUGAGACCCGACAGUAAACUCAAACUGAAAUCAGAAUGCUUCGCCAUCAACAGGUUACAGCUGUUGGAAUACGAAUAUCACACUGCCCUCGACGACCUUAAAAAAGAUCAAAUAUCCUUCAGUAUUCUCUCCGACGUUUGCCUGCCAGUUUCACUGCUGAUCCUCGUAGUAGUAUGGGGUUACCAAUUGAACGCCAUGACCAUAGACACCGAUAGCGGAGACAACCGUACGAUGUUACUCGUGUGUGGCAUUGGACUCAUCGUGGUCUCGGGCACGGCAUGCGUUUACAUCGCCAUACGAACCUCAGUUAUGCGACCGGAAGUGGAGGUGACCACUUUUCUCCAGGGAGAGAUGAGACCUUUACAUUCUGAACAAAAGAGAUCUCAGUGUUUUUACUAUCAAACUAUACCUGGCAUACAUAGGACUGAUAAAAAACCAACCGACAUUUUUAUUGUGUAAAAUAUAUCAAUUUUUUUUAUACAUCCAUACUUAGUCAUUUUUAUUUAUAAUAUUUUAAUAGAAAUAAUUACAUAUUAUUUAGUAAGUAAGCUCAAUUAUAUUGUCUGUCUAAUAUUUUUAUAUUUGUAUGUUAUAUUAUUUUAUUCCGAAAGUUCGUAAUACUUGUAAACUGAUCAGUAUUAUUACUGAACCUAUGUGUAUUUAUGUGACUUUCAGUUAAUUUAUAGUUUUUUUUAUAUAUAAUUAAUAUUGUAUAUACUAUUUAUACUAUUUUAAAUUUAUGUAAAUAAAACGUUAUAUUUAAAUAGAUAAAAAUAAUUUUUAUUGUACUUUAUUUAGCUACUUAGCUAAAUCUAUACGAACAUUAAUGUGUUAUAAUAGUAUGGUUUUUUUUAUUAAAAUAUAUUAUACCACGAUUUAUUGUA